AUGGAUGUAGAGCUGUCUUGUUUGCUCUGUGGAUCAGAAAAUGAAUCUAAAGAUCAUCUCUUUUUUGAGUGCCCCUACUCAAAGGAAGUCUGGUCAUCGAUCACAACUACUCUUAUGUUUCCCUCGCCUCCGGUUAAAUGGACUGAUAUCAUGGCAUGGCUACACUCUUCCCCAUCAGGCUCCACCACAGCCCUUGCACUUUUACAAGCCUGGCAAGGAUGUAUCUCUGAACUCUGGAACGAAAGAAACAGAAGAGUUCAUCAAGGCUUUACUCUCCCUGUUUCUCUUUUGAUCACGAAGAUUAUCUCAUCCAUGAAGAACAAGUGCACUGCUAUGUCUCAAAUUGGUUCAGCUCAUGGAGACGCUCUUCUUGAAAUCUGGUCACCUUCAUAA